AUGAAAGGCGUUAAAAACGCAGAUUUAAGUUCAUAUCUUUCUGAAUAUAUGUGGCGUGAAAGAUUUGGAAAUAAUAAGUUUUACAAAAUAUUAGAAUGUCUGACAGUAAUGAAUGAAAAUAAUUAA